AUGGGCGUCACCCCGUACGCCUCCAUUCUCCAGGACCUUCCCUGGCGGUACCACAACAACCAGAACGUGUCGCUGCGGCACAUCCACUUUAUCUGGGUGACGCGCACGCAGAAGGAGUACGAGUGGAUGGUUGAGCUGAUCCGCGAGGUGCAGGCCGAGAUUCCGGACGACGUGCUUACCGUCGACGUGUACAUCACGCAGGGCAAGCGCGACUACGACCUCCGCACCUCGCUCAUGUUCAUGUUUGAGCGCAACCACAUUGAGGGCAGCAAGCUGAUUUCGCUGUCUCGGUCGCACCACGACCUGAACGUGCAGGAAGCGCUGCUGCUCCCGUCUGGCGUCCUGUGCCUGCAGAUGGACAAGCCCCCGGGCUUUGAGGCCAUGCAGUCUGGCCAGUGGCUUCGCCUCAAGUGCACGGCCGUCUCCAAGUACGAGUGGCAUCCCUUCACCAUCUCCUCGGCCCCACAGGAGAACUUUGUCUCCGUGCACAUUCGCAGCGCAGGCCCUUGGACCACCAAACUUCGCCAGGUCUUUGCCGAGGCCAAGUCCACGGGCGCCGACCUCCCAACCGUGCAGCUCGAGGGCCCCUUUGGCGAGAUUCACCAGGACUGGCUCAACUCGAGCGUGGCCGUCUUUGUUGGUGGUGGCAUUGGCGUCACCCCGUACGCCUCCAUUCUCCAGGACCUUGCCUGGCGGUACCACAACAACCAGAACGUGUCGCUGCGGCACAUCCACUUUAUCUGGGUGACGCGCACGCAGAAGGAGUACGAGUGGAUGGUUGAGCUGAUCCGCGAGGUGCAGGCCGAGAUUCCGGACGACGUGCUUACCGUCGACGUGUACAUCACGCAGGGCAAGCGCGACUACGACCUCCGCACCUCGCUCAUGUUCAUGUUUGAGCGCAACCACAUUGAGGGCAGCAAGGUCUCGCUGCUCACGGGCCUGCGCGCCACCACCAACUUCCAGCGGCCCAACUUUGAGAAGAUCCUGCCCGCCCUGCGCGACCAGUUUGAUCCCCUCCCCAUCUCCAUCUACACGUGCGGUCCGCCUGCCCUGGCCAACGCCGUCGAGAACGGCACCCGCAGCACCAACGAGUCGGAGGCCACCAGCGUCCCGCUGCGCCACCACUUUGUCUCCUUCUAA